GAUUCUCUUAAGCCCACUGACAUAACCAAUGGCGGUUGACUUCAAGCUUCUUGUCAGUAUCUUGGCUGUCUGAAAACAAGAACAAAAAGUAUCAUGCCUCGGAGUCCAACGUCCAGUGAGGAGGAGAUGGCCCAGAGUUUCUCUGACGGCUCCGUGGGCUUUGACACCGACAGCUCCAGGGAGGAAUCUGGUCACGGAGGAGCUGGAGAGGAUAGGGCCAGCAGGAGGAGCGGCGGGAGGGCGGAGAGGGACAGGGCUGCCCGCAGGGAGUCACUGGUCUUCUGCGUGGUCAUCCCCGACCUGGAGCAGUCGAAGUGCAUGAGAUUUAAGCCCGAGGCCACUGUGUGGGUUGCUAAGCAGCAGAUCCUGUGUACACUGACACAAACUUUGAGAGACGUGCUGAACUACGGACUCUUCCAGCCAGCCGUGGAUGGCCGUGAGUCUGGCUUCCUGGACGAGGAACGCCCCCUCAAAGACUACCCCACUCCCACCUGCACCAAAGGAAUUCCCACUCUGGAGUUCCGUUACAAGAGCCGGGUCUAUCAACAGCCCUAUGUCAAUGAGAAGCAGAUUGCCAAAAUUCACACGCAGGCCAACUACAGGAAAUUAAUGGACCACAUUCAGCGUUACCAAUUGGAUAAGUUAGUCAAGAUGCUGGAAAAAGGACUAGACCCCAACUACCAUGACCCAGAAACUGGUGAAACACCGCUUACGUUUGCAUCCCACCUGGACAAUGUGGGGCAGAUCAUCGUAGCGCUGAAACAGGGAGGAGCGCAUCUGGAUUUCAGAUCACAAGACGGGAUGACGGCUCUUCACAAAGCGGUCAGGGCCAAGAACCAGGCCACAUUGAAGGCGCUGCUGGACCUGGGUGCGUCUCCAGACUACAAGGACAGCCAGAGUCUGACCCCGCUCUACCACUCCGUGUUGGUGGGCGGAGACCCAGGCUGCUGUGAGCUGCUGCUGAGGGCCAACGCCACCGUCAGCUGCCACGACGAGAACGGCUGGCAUGAAGUGCACCAGGCCUGUCGAUAUGGACACGUCCAACACAUGGAACACCUGCUGUUCUACGGAGCAGAUAUGAGUGUCCAGAAUGCCUCUGGGAACACAGCCCUACACAUCUGUGCUCUGCACAACCAGGAACACUGUGCCAGAGUACUUCUGCUCCAUGGUGCCAACAAGGAAGUGAAGAACUACAGAAGCCAGACACCAUUUCAGGUGGCUAUUAUCGCAGGGAACUUUGAAUUGGCAGAAUUCAUCAAGAACCACAAAGAUACUGAUACUGUGCCUUUUAGGGAGUCGCCGGUCCAACCCACCCGGCGCCAGCAGGCCCCACGGAGCACCCUCGCCGCGCCUCGCCCCACGCUCCUCCGCUCCAACAGUGACAACAACUUGAACGUGAACAGCCGGUCUCCCUUGCCAUCCCCAAGCCACUCCCCACUAAGCAACCUCUCCCCCCGCCGGCCGCAGCCGAUGCCCAGUCCUAAUGGAACAGUCAGGACCAUGGGGAGGGGUGCUCCCCGCCCUCCUCGUUCCCGCUCGCCCUCCGUGGGACGCCUGGGGGAGGAGGCGCGGAGGCAGACCCCCCAGCGACAGCCCAGCCCACACAGGGGUCGGGAAGCCUUUUCCGGUGGCUCAGAUUGCCAGGGACCAAAGCGUAAACUGUACAGCGCUGUGCCGGGAAAGCACUAUGUGGUGACCCACUCCUACCAGCCACAAGCUGAAGGGGAGAUCACACUGUACAAGAACGACAGGGUCAAAGUUCUCUCCAUAGGUGAAGGUGGUUUCUGGGAGGGCAGUGCCCGGGGUAACGUGGGGUGGUUCCCAUCCGAGUGUGUGGAGGAGAUCCCUAACCAAGCCCAGGAGGACAGACCAUAUGCCAGGGCAGACCGGGCCGAGAGGAGGAAACUCUUCCGACACUACACCGUGGGAUCCUACGACAGCUUUGAUGCAUCGAGCGACUGCGUUAUUGACGAGAAGACCGUAGUUCUACAGAAGAAGGAUAAUGAGGGAUUCGGGUUUGUGCUGCGUGGGGCAAAAGCUGACACACCCAUCGAGGAGUUCACUCCAACCCCUGCCUUUCCCGCCCUUCAGUACCUGGAGUCUGUUGACGAAGGUGGGGUCGCAUGGCGGGCGGGGCUUCGCAACGGAGACUUCCUCAUUGAGGUGAACCAGGAGAAUGUGGUGAAGGUGGGCCACAAACAGGUGGUCAAUACGAUCCGACAUGGAGGCAACCGGCUCAUCAUCAAAGUGGUGACAGUUAGCAGGAAUCUGGACCCUGACGACACUGCCAGGAAGAAAUUACCCACACCUCCACGCCGAGCGCCAUCCGCUGCCCUGUCCAUGGCCAUGCGCUCCAAAUCCAUGACCUCGGAGCUGGAGGAGCUGGUGGAUAAAGCCACGUUAAGGAAAAAGACGGUUGAUGAUCAGACUUCAGAUAAUGACAGUCUAAAGAAGAGGAUUGUUUUCUCAGUCACUCUAAAUAAAGUGGACGAGAACACGCCUCCUCAGAAGCCUAUGUGGGACAACUCCAGUGCUGACAUAAGGGUAGCUACCACGAUCAAAUCACGGCCCAACAGCAGAUGUUUCGCCAUGAGCCCAGAGAUAAAUUCCAUGUGUGAAAGCCAGAACAUGUCGAUGCAGACUCAGCCCAGGGAGCCAGGCAGUCCCAGAGGCGGAGGACCUCACCUGGGGCUGCCAAACCGACAGGGGACUGUGAGGAGACAGAAGUCCAUAGGAACAUCUGGAAUAACAGAAGAAGAGACUCCUCAGUUCCUGACCCCUCCCAUGUUGAAGUUCACCAGGAGCCUUUCCAUGCCCGACACGUCAGAGGACAUCCCUCCACCGCCCGCCAUCUCCCCUCCGUCUCCCCCUUACAACAAUGUCCCCGACCCCCAGGGCCGGGGCUAUGGUACCAUCAGACACACGGCCCCGAAAGGCACCGCCCCAGAGCGAGGAGGGGAUCCCAACAUGGGCGUCAGGGAUGGCUGGAGGGAACAGGGGGGAAUGUACUAUGGAGAGACCCAGUCUGAGCAGUACCAGUCUGAGAACAACCACCACCACCAGGGGAGCCACAGCCCAGUCCAAGGCCUCACAGCCCAGCAGAGCUUCCUGAACCGCAGGGCCCAGAUCCCUGAGAACCCCUACUCAGACCUGGGGAAGAACAGCAACCUUGGGCUGUUUGCCCCCAACAAGCCCCAGAGGCGAAAGGGCAUGCUGGUGAAGCAGCACAAGAUCGAGGACAGUCCGGAGAAGACCUGCAUCAAAAUCCCAACCAUUAUCAUCAAGGAGCCCUCUACGUCCAGCAGCGGGAAGAGCAGCCAGGGCAGCAGUAUGGAGAUAGAAACUGGAUCCCACGACCACCCGGGGCAGCUCCUGCCCGAUGACGGGCACAACCCAAGCAGUCCCUUUGCCACGGCCAUGGCUGGAGCCGUGCGCGAGCGCGAGAGGAGGAUUGUGGGGUCUCGCCGGAACUACGCGCCGGACCAGGGCCGCGAAGACUCGCCCCCCGCCCCGCGCCUCCGCCACUCCAAGUCCAUCGACGAGGGGAUGUUCAGCAGCGACGAGCGUCUGCGUCGCAUCCUGGCACCCCCUGCCUCGCUCCUCAGCAUCCCCAGGGGGGGGGGCAAUGUGACGGACUUCAACAGCCCCGAGCCCACCGUGGUGAGGGAGCCGCUCCACACGCGCACCGGUCACCACAGCCCAGUCAGUCUGCCCGCCAAGACUUACAGCUCCGGCAGCGGGCACUACGUCCACCCAGUCACUGGGAAACCCCUGGACCCCAGCUCCCCCCUGGCGCUGGCUCUGGCUGCACGGGACCGGGCCAUGAGGGAGCAGUCCCAGCCUCUCCCGCUGAAGACUGAGUCGCCCAAACCUGACCUGAACAAGCCUCUGUUCAUCGACACCAAACUGAGGACGGGCAUGGAUGCAGGUUUCUCCUCAACGGCCACCAUGGGUCGGCCAGGCCGGGCUGGGCUGCGAAGGCAGAUGACCGAGGCCAAGUACGAGACGGAGUCCAAAUAUGACCACCCGCUGGCCAAAGAUAAGGACAAGAGUGUAGCACGGCCUCAGAGAGAGGAGGAGAAAAAGAACAUGUUGAUAGACAUUGUGGAUACGUCCCAGCAGAAGUCUGCUGGGUUGUUGAUGGUCCACACCACAGAUGGGGCCAGAACCGAGGAGAACAGCUUGUCUGAGGGAGAUAGGGACGGGGCGGUGAGCCCAGACAGUGCCCCCAGUGAGCUCCGGGACCCCAACCAGCCUACCACCCCCAAAAUGGCUUCCCCGAACUCCCAGAAUCCCCAUUCAAUGGGCCCUGGACCCAGAAGCGGCAAGACCAUGAUCACCAUCACGUCAGUGGAAGAGCCAGUCAAACUGCCCUUCGCCAUCCCCCCUCCACCAUGCAUACCCUCCGUGGACAUCGAUGACGAGUUCUUCUCUGAUCCGCUGCCGCCCCCGCUGGAGUUCGCCAAUAGCUUCGACAUCCCCGAGGAGCAGAAGGGGGUGAUCGCAGAGCUCCUGAAACAGCAGCAGAACGCCGGCAGGGCCCCGUCUUCCCUGGCUCCCUUCUACCCCCAUCUGGGCAACAGCCCGGGCCACCCAGAACAGGUCCCAAUCAAACGGUCGGCAGUGCUCACUAACUGCACGCCGCCCAGCUUCCCCACCGGCCCGCUUGAGAGCUAUGAACCGGUCGGCGACUCCGGCAUCGACGUAGGUCCAGAUAGCCGCAGUAGCGGGGAGCCCCAGCCGGAGACCACGGGCACAGUGUCCACCGUGUCCGAUAUCUACGCGCCGUCGUCGGAGGGCGGCGUGGUCCCGGACAACACAGUCUAUGCAGACGGACAGGUCUUUCUGGUGGACCGGACCUUGAAGCCGAGAGCCAGGCAGCCUGCCGCCAAUAAGGUGAAUGCACUUUACAAGGACCCUGCCUUGGUGGACAGGGAGGAGAGCCUGAGAACUUUUGGAGCGCCCUCCUCUGUUCCGCCCCCUCCGCCUGGGGCGGGGGGCGUUCACGCGGAGCCGCCCAGGACGCCAACGCAGAGGACCUCAAAGUUGUGGGGAGACAUGUCCGUCUGUACGCCCCAGGACAUGCCGAGCAAGGACAGGACGCCAAAACCAGGAGAUGGGAUGGACACCUCCUCCUCAGGAUGUAGGACGGUUUUUGGAUCAAGAGGUCCAGACGGUGGGUCUCUCACCUCAGGAACACAGCGGAACACCACAGUCACAUUUGCCGCCCAGCUCGGCCAGAACAUGCCCGCACCGUUGCCAAACCGGCAGACAGACCCUCACCACCGAGCCCCCAGCCCCAUCCUCUCGCCCCCAGACUCAGGCCUCGGAUGUGCCUCUUCCCUCCCCGCCACCUCCCCCACCCUCUCGGACGUGUUUGGCCUGCCCACCCCCCCUCUUAGCCUGGGCACGGGGAGCAGCCGCUCGCCCUCCCCCCUCUCCCUCAUGCAGGCCGUGUCCGACAAGCCGUUCGCCACCAAGCCGGUCCUAAUGUGGAGUAAACAUGACGUGGCAGACUGGCUGGCGAGCCUGAACCUGGCCGAGCACAGAGACACCUUCAUGGACAACGACAUCGAGGGCAGCCACCUGCCCAGCCUGCAGAAGGACGACCUGAUAGAUCUGGGCGUCACCAGGGUGGGCCAUCGGAUGAACAUUGAAAGAGCUCUAAAACUGCUGAUGGACAGAUGAGAGAAGGAGAGAACCAGGUCAACGCAACCACUUCACACAACAGGCUUCUGUUAAUUAUUAAUUAUGUCCAUAACGGUCAUUUUUAUUUAUGUUGACUUAUUUAAAGGCCCCGUGCAGCUGUUUUUGUAUCAGUGUCACAUUUCUGGAUUACAAAUAUAGCAUUUUAUCAGAACAGUACAGAACAGUAGAAUUUGCCUAUGACUGUAUGGAGGUGAUCUGAGUUGGGAGGGGAUAUCUGAAAACUAGCUGUCUGUUUAAAAUUUGAAAGCCUCUUUGUUAUUGGUGUAUUUACCGUCCUACAAUGGGUUGGUCAAAACAGACAUUAUGAUUCGUUGAAACCUGUUCUAUGAAGACCUGAUUAGAAAGUCUUGUGUAUAUUGUAUUUGCCGCCAGCAACCAGCAGGAGGAAAUAACGCUCUUAACACGGUAUGAUAAACACGGGAAUUAACAGAAUUUUUUUCUGCACUGGGCUUUUAAAUUUACUGAAUAAUUACGAUGAUGCUUAUUUUGUUGAAACGUAGAAAUUUCCUCAUGUAUCCUGAAGAAACUGCAACUUGAAACAGCACUGCAGUUUACUGAAUAAGCACAAAAGUCCCACACUGGUUGUGAAAUAGCCACUCCACCAAUAGAAAUGAAGGAGACAACAGGGACCUGUCUGUGGCAAGGAAUAUACAGUACACUAUCAAAAACAACCGCAGCCUAAUCACCAUGGGACUUUUGAAAUCAACCAUAAUCAGUUUGGCAGCAGUUUCAUUCUCUACUGUGUCUUUCUCAGAAAUGAUGCUGAUUAUGAACAGCUCUUUAGGGGGAAAAAAAGGGGGCAACAUUCAGACAUUCAACCUUAUCUGCAAUUCAGUUGGUGAAAUUAGCUUUUAUUUUUUCUCUCACCCAUUUCACUGGACUGUAGAUGGAUUCUCACUCAAAAGGCAUUGUGCCUUUAUACCCCGAAGUACUGUAGAUCACAUCAGAUUCAUUUCUAAAUUGGCUGAAAAGUUAUUACCCUUAUUUUUCACUUGCAACGUCUUCACCGUUAUUCCAAUAUUUGUCUUGGUUCCUUCUAGAGUUUCCUGAGGUUGGAAACACUUAUUUAACACACAACGGUUAUUUUCAUUUUAUAGUGUCUUCCACAGGAGACUGGAAUUUGUGCCAACAGCUCCCCCUACUGUAGUGUCGACAUUACUGCACUGGAAGCCAGGGCUUUCCGACCAUCAUCGUCCACAACCGUCCUGUCUCACUGUCUUCUAUGUCCUCUGAGAGUAAUAAUACGCCCACUAUCACACUAGGUUCAGCAUCACCCGGAGCGGAUGUUAAGAGCUUUGGGUUUGAAUGUAGGGUUCCAGUGCAGCAAAGUAGCAGAAAUGGGAUCAAGUUAACCAAAAUGUUCACAGAUGAAUAAGCACUGGAAUGUUUGUUCGCUUUCUGAAUUGAGGGUGGUUAUAGCCUGACACUGCAGUGUGGGCAUGUUUCUUGAGACGGAUACUGGACAGGUUUAUGUACUGUAGGUGAAAUAUAGGGCUAUGAAACACUAAAACUGCAAUUAGAUUGAGAAUGGUAGAACUUAUUUGGCCCGUAUAGAAACACAGACACCGCUACCAAUAAUUUGGUUGAAAUGUUAACUACAGCAUUGAGUGUUUAAUAAUGGACGUAUUACAGAUGUCAUUAUUAUGUUAUGGUGUUUUGAUGUUAAGUUGAUGCGAAAGAAAUAAGCCAAUUUAUCAAAAUGAAGAUAUAUCUGUUAAGCAAUCAGGUACUGUCAGGUUAGGAUUCCAGGUAUGAAAUACACUGAGCUACAUUAGUUGCAUGGGCCUUCUUUAACGUGUAUAUAUUAAACACCCGGAGUGAGGCACUGUCCAAACCAAACAUCACCCGGAAUAAUACCCCGGACUGCAGAAUAAUUCUCCUCCAGGUUUUCAAGGCAGGGUCUCCUCAGAUAAUACCACCGCAGGUAAAUGUGAAAGGGAGGGAUUUAUUCACAUUGUGGAUGAGUCGAGCUAAAAUGUUUUUAGCCGCUCCACUGAGUUUCUUUCCGUUUAGCUCGCCUUCAGAAGAACAAAAGAACGAGAACAAAAAAAAGCCUUUUAGCUGAAACCCCUAACAAAAGUGUUUAUUAACAAAUACACAGAUCGCACUCAGUUAAAUGUAUGGGUGGAUGUUCGUGUGGUGUAACUAAGUGUGACAGUGGGAAAAUGUGGUUGGUCUGAUGUCUGUGGUGUGACAUCACUGUUUUACAACCCCAUUGUUAUGCAGAGAGAGUAGUGGUGACAACCUCUCAGCACCACACUCUGAGAUGAGGUCUUAUGUUAAGAACCACAGAAAAAAAGCAAAGAGCACAGUAUUUUUGAUGAUGUAGAGAUAUUUAUUAUGAGGGCAUAUUCCUAUUUGUGUUGCUAUAUCAACCCAGAAGUGUGGUUAGGUUAUUGGAAAAGGAGAGAAACAUGGUUAAAAAGCAAUAUAAAUUCUGUUUCAAGUUGUUUUUCUUUAUCAGGUGAAUAAUUAUACAUGUUACAGGAUUUUUAGUCUCUCUAUUUUUAAAAUUUAUAUGAAUAAUUGUGUCUCCAUAUUCCUAUAGAGCAUAUUUGAAACUUUUAGCAAUUGAUAGUCACAUGUAUUUACUAAGCCUCUGUAAUUUAUUAAAAGGCGAUAUAAAUGAAUAUUGCAUAGUUUGUGCAUCGUGGGUGUAUAAAUAAAGAUACUCAGGCUGUGCAUUUCUACACAUCUCAUUUAAGAAACAUUAAAUUACCACUUUAUGGUGAAAGGACAAACACACACCACUGAAUGUGACUGUUGAUGUACAGUGGAGCUGAUGGCUGCACAAUGCGCACAGAGGUCAUGUACAGGCCUGAGGGCUUGCUAGGGAAGCUGACUGGACUAAGUCAUCUGUCCAGAGGGGACCUGGCAGCAUUAUUUAAUCAGGAGAUUGGUCUGUGCUACCCUGGCCCUAAUGGGAAACUCCACACGCCCAUGCUUCUCUAUAGGUCCAUUGGGAUAGUAUGCCAGUGGAACAUAGCAUGGAGAUGAAUUCACCUUUAUUUCGGGUUUCUGUGUGAAAAUAAAUAGUGAAAUAUGGUUUGAUGCAGUCUGGAUUCCCAGGCAACAUACUCAGAUGCACAAAAGUCCUGUCAGCUCCAAACUUUGUCCUUUUGUUUUAUUCCUUAUAGAUACAGAAACACUCUCCUUUUUUUGUUAACUUCCUUUUCAUGCUACAGUAUGUUGCUGUAAUUUUGUGCUACGAGUCAUUUAUUUACUUUAGAUAAAACAUUAUUAUUAUUGAGAUCAAAGGCAGAUAAGUAUUUGUGACUGCACUUUGCCCUAAGUCCACAAUACUUGUAUGGAAACCAAAAUUUCAUGGAGGUUAAUAAAAAAUCAUAUUGCACAACA